GCGGAAAAGAAGUAGCAUCGUCUGGGCUAAAAUGGCUACUUCCGGGUAUUCGUUGUCAAGGUUACACAGCCAUGUUGAGCUGAGAGCCACUUCAGCCUGAUUUUAAAGAACUUUUAUAUUAGCUGGCAGGAGUCUGGGCUCAGCAGCAGUCAGACAACUGGUACAGUGUGAUCUCACAUCAGCACGAAGAGUCAGCCGGAGGGGAUAGUCAUCCUCACCGAGCCCAGAGGUCGUCCUCAGGCCAUGCUCGGAUAAACAGGGCUGUCUUGGGUGGCGGACUAACCAUCAACACCCUGCCAGACAACAUGACACGCGUAGUGGAGGACUCUGGCAAGUACUACACAUGGCGUAGUUUUGGCCCAGGAGACCAGCGCACGCGGGAAUUAUGGGUUGACAUGAGUGACGUCCGCCACGGCCAAGUCAGAGUCCAUGGCAUUCUGUCCAAUUCAUACAAGCAGGCUGUGAGAGUCGCCCUGUCGUUUGACUUUCCUUUUUACGGACAUUACCUGAGGCAGAUCACCAUAGCAACAGGAGGGUUCAUCUUCACAGGGGACAUUACUCACCGUAUGCUGACCACAACGCAGUACAUCGCCCCUCUAAUGGCUAAUUUUGACCCCAGCUACUCCAAAGACUCCACUGUGCAAUACUUAGAUAACGGUGAGGUGUUCGUAGUCCAGUGGGAGCGGGUCAGACUCCCAGGAAGGGAGUCGGAGGGAGCCUUUACAUUUCAGGCUGCGCUUUACAAAACAGGAGCCAUCACAUUCUGCUACCAAGAUAUACCUCUGUCAUUAGACGUGAUGAGUUCAGCUGAGCAUCCAGUGAAGGUCGGUUUGUCUGAUGCCUUCAUGGUCUCGACGCCAUCUCCUCAAUCACCAGAAGCCCAACAGAGGACGAUUCACGAGUACCAUCGGGUUGAGAUUGACACCACAAAGAUCACCAGUUUCUCUGCUGUAGAGUUCACUCCACUGCCUACCUGCCUGCAACAUGACAGCUGUGAUCUCUGCCUCUCAUCCAACCAAACCUCUGUUUGCAGCUGGUGCAAUGUACUCCAGAGGUGUUCAGAUGGCAUGGAUAGACACAGACAAGAGUGGCUGGACUACGCCUGUUCAGAUGAGAGCAAAGAUCUAACCUGUGAGGAUUAUUCAAGGACUGACACCUCCAGUGACUCAUCUGUCACACCAGAGAUCGAGUAUGUGACUCUGUCGACUCCUCUACGGAGAGACUGUGAAAGUGGCGACGAGACCAAACGUCACAUAUUUAACACUGGCAAUGAUGUGAAAACGGAUUCUUCAACCAAGACGGGAGGUUUUGCUAACACGGGAGUGAUAGCUGGGAUAGCAGCUGCUCUGGUUUUACUUUUGGCUCUGAUACUGUUGGCUCUUUACAUCAACUACCAUACAACUGCACCAUCACCACUUUACCUCAUCCAGCGACGCAAGAGCUGCUGGCCCUCCUGGAAGUUCCAGAAGCAACAGCCUGGUUACACGGAGGUGGAAGGUGGCCAUGAAAAAGACAGCAUUGUUGAAGCUGGGCCAUGUUGAAACGAUGACUGGAAACGUGGAUGAACAAGAUGUUUGCAUUAGAAUGAUUUCUAUAGACAUAAAGUUAUAUAUAUAUGUCAAAACACUUCCGUGGCCAGUUCAACUUUUACAUUCAGUUUUCUCAUUACUAGCUCCAUCGCUCCAUUGCAAAAAGAUGUCAACUGGUGAAAUCUGAAUGUUAUUUGUUAUUGAAUGAUUUAAUUCGCAUUUUAUAUCUCCACUGGAAAAAUUGGUGGUUGUACCCCACUUUUUAUGGAUUUUGAAUGCAGUAAACUGUGCAAUGCAUGCCAGAAGUUUGAAAACCUUAGAAAAAAUACAUAAACUAAGCUUUUUUUUUUUUUUUUUUUUUUUAGUAAAACAAAUAAAGUUCUGGUGUGCUACACUCUCAA